AAUGAAUUUAAGUAGAGCAGACAUAUGUGUUUUGAAUGUGAAAAGGGAACUGAUUGAUAAUAUUCAACAUACUAUAUAUUGUGGAGAGCUUAGAAAUCGAAAUAAGGGAGAAAUUAUUGGCUCAUUUCAAUUAAAUCUUAGAAAUGAUAUAUUAGAUGCAAGAAGUUCUUCUGAAUCUUUAAGUGAAAAUGAACAAAGGGUACCAAAUAUUGGAAAUAUUUCUUUUAAUUCUGAAAAGAAAAGACCAUCAUCAAUUCUAGCUAAUAAACUACCCCAGAGAAGUUCGUCUAGUGGUCAUCUUGGUAGAAAAUUAGAUUCGUUGCCAAUUGUUAAUAAAACUGCCUCAAUUGAUCUUGGUAAAAUUAGUAGAAAAAUUCCAAAUGAUGAUAGAAUUGUUGACAAUCUACUAACAGAUAGCUUCAUGUCAGAAUACUCAAAAAAAUCAACAGACGCAUUGAAAAGUGAUAGAAGCGAGAAAGGGACAAAUUCCUCUCAAACAUCUAAUAGAUCAGCCAAUUCCACGAAAUAUGAGGAAUUAUCAUCUCCUAAUAAUUUUAAUAUUAAUUAUGAUUUCAAGAUGAAAAAGAAUAAGUUUAUUCUAGAAGAUAAAUCGUCGAAUGAAAUGGAAUUUGAAGAUGGAGAACUGCAAUUGAACGGCCUUCAUCAAUUAAGUAAUUACGAACAGAUAACGAAAAUAAUAAAUCAAGAGAAUGCCGAAGAUGAUCCAAUUGUGCAUAUAGGCCCAAACUUUUCUGAAGAACCCCAAUAUUUAAAUGAGAAUUUACAAGCUCUACAUAAUCCAACAUUAGCUGAAAUGAAUACUGAAAUACUCAGAUACUCCCCACGUAGCCCUUCAAAUGAAUUAUUUAAUGAAGAUAAUUCAUCGUAUCACAUUCAAGAACAUUGUAUACCUAGUUUAGUAAAUUUCAACAGACAAGGACAAUUAAAAAAGUUAAAUAAGAAGCUAAGUGACUAUAAUGUUACUGCUGAAAAAAUGUCUAAAACUUCAAAUGUAAACAUUAAUGUUAAUCAAUUGAAAGAAUGUAAAAAUUCUCCUAACAACUCAAGUACCGUUCCAAGUCUAUGCAAUGGAGGUGAUAACCUAGAAGACACAUUGAAUAAUAUGAAUAAAUUAAAUUCAAGUCUAAAGUCGGUUCCAUCAGUUAUUGUGGAAAGCUACGAUAGAAUUCCUACAUAUAAAUCCAACAAAAAUAUUCAACUACAAUCAUUAAAUAAGGCAGAAAAAGCUUUUAGCAAUAAAAGCAAACAGUGUUAUCAAAAUCGAACUGCACAAACAUCUAUUGACUCGGAAUUUCUCAGAAAAAUAUCAAAUGCUAAGAAUACGAAAGAUAAACUUCAUCAUCUUAAGGAUUGUGGUUCGUUGGACGAUAAUUACGGAGUUGAUAUCGCUCUCGGAGGGGAUAUUAUAAGUAUUCGUAGAAAGAAGAAAAAGCAAAAUCCCUCAUAUGGUAUACAAGAAAAUAGCUUUCUGACGUUUAUCAAAGGUCUUCCUGAGAAACCUCCAACAACCAUUCGAUUCUUUGAUAGAUCAGAUUUCUACUCUGUACAUGGAGAUGAUGCUAUUUAUACGGCAAAAACUUUCUUCAAGUCAACGGCCGGAUUAAAAUAUUUAGGCUCAGGAAAGAAGACUAUGCCUUCAAUCUGCUUAGGAAAAGCGAAAUUUGAAGCAUUUAUUCGCGAGUUAUUAUUAGUGAGGCAAUACAGGGUUGAAGUUUUUGAAAAUAGUGCAGGAACUGGAGCAAAAUGUCAAAACUGGAAAGUCACCUUUAAAGCUUCUCCAGGAAAUCUUACUCAAUUCGAAGAUGUUUUAUUUGGAACAAAAGAAAUGGAUUCGGGAGCAGGUGUUAUGGCUGUUCGACUCUCUACUAAAAAUAACAAGCGGAUUAUAGGGAUGGCAAUAGUAGAUUUGACUCUGAAAACAUUUCAAGUCUGUCAAUUUUCUGAUAGCGACAAGUUUGGAACGCUCGAAGCAGCCGUAGUGCAACUUUCACCUAAAGAGUGUGUAAUUUGUCCAAGUGAAGCUGAAAUAAAACCCAUCUUUGAAAGAUCGAAUAUUUUAAUAAAUGAGCGGAAGAGAGCAGAAUUUAACCCGAAACAUAUUGAACAGGACAUGAACAGACUCUUGAAAAAUCAGAAUGAUUUUCUCUUACCUGAUAUUGAUCGUGAGCUUAUUUUAUCCUGUUUGUCGGCUCUUAUCUCCUAUCUAGAGAUAUUAAAUCAAGAAGAAAACUUUCAGCAAUUUACAUUAGCAACAGUUGAUCUAGAUCAAUAUAUGAGACUUGACUCUACCGCAGCAAAAGCUUUAAACGUUUUGCCAGAAAAUCAAGGAGUUCAAUCAGAUUCCCUAUUGGGAGUUCUAAAUGAAUGUAAAACGGCCAUGGGUCAAAGACUAUUAAAUCAAUGGAUCUUGCAACCACUUAAGGAUGUUCAACUUAUCAUAGAGAGACAAAAUACUGUAUCUGUAUUUGUUAACAAUAGCUUGAUGAGAAGGACUAUUCGUGAAAUAUUAGCUACUCGUGUUAUUGAUCUUGUAAGAGUCUGUGGAAAAUUUAAUAGAAAGAAAGCAACUCUCGAGGACUGCUAUAAAAUUCAACAAUGCGUUAACAGGUUGAGCGAAAUUGUCACGGCGUUAGAGAUGGAUGAGAGUGAAGAAGGCAAAAGAGAAAUACAAGCUAAUUUUGUUGGACCACUUACUGAGCUAGGAUGUGAUUUGAAUAAAUUCGAUGAACUCAUUACGGAAACUCUUGAUCUCAAGGCUGCUGAAGAAAGUCGAGAAUAUUUCAUUAAAGCCGAUUUUGAUUCUGAAUUGGAGGAGCAGAAAGGACAUUUAGAUGAAAUUAGGCAGGACAUCGAAAAUCUUCUGGAAGAGGUUGCUGUGAAACUUAAACUAGAAGCAAGGAAAGCACUUAAGUUAGAAACUAAUUCACAAUAUGGAUACUUUUUUCGCGUAACGAGAAAUAAUGAAAAAACUAUUCGAAAUAAUAAAAGUUGUAUCAUUAUUGAGACAAGAAAAGAUGGAGUUAAGUUCCGUACGGGAAAUUUACAGGACUUGAGUAAAGAAUACGAUUCAAGUGCCAGAAAAUAUAAAGAAAUGCAAAAAAUUUUAGUCGAAAAAGUUUUAACUGUUGCCGCUGGAUACGUUGACUCGUUGCUUAAUCUAGCUGCAACGUUAGCCAAACUUGACGUUUUGUCAACAUUUGCCGAAGUUGCUGUUGGGGCUCCUAUACCAUAUUGUUGUCCAGAAAUUUUCGAUAGCGAAGAAGGAAUUAUUGACAUAAAAAAUUUGAGACAUGCUUGCGUAGAACGUCAAGAUGACGUUGCCUAUAUUGCUAACGAUAUUUUAAUGAAACGAGGUGAACAAAUGCUAGUCGUAAUUACAGGACCAAAUAUGGGUGGAAAAUCUACUUAUAUAAAGUCAGUCGGGGUGGCUGUGUUACUCGCGCAAAUUGGAUCAUUUGUACCUGCGGAAAGUGCAAAGAUUUCCGUUACAGAUGGCAUAUUAGCAAGGGUAGGAGCUGGCGAUUGUCAAAUGAAAGGAGUCUCUACUUUCAUGGCCGAAAUGUUGGAAAUUUCAUCUAUUUUAAGAUGUGCUACGAAAAACAGCCUACUUAUUAUAGACGAAUUAGGACGCGGAACUUCAACUUACGACGGUUUUGGGCUGGCAUGGUCCAUUGCUGAAUAUAUUGCUAGUAAAAUAGACGCUUAUUGCUUAUUCGCCACUCAUUUCCAUGAAUUAACUGCCCUAGCGGAUGAAAUUAAAUCCGUAAAGAAUUUUCACGUUGCCGCUCUAUGCGAAAAUGAAACUUUAACCCUUUUAUAUCAAGUCCAAGCAGGUGCCUGUGAUAGAAGUUUCGGUAUAGACGUUGCUCGAAUGACAAAUUUUCCGGAAAGAGUCCUAGAGGUGAUUGUAGAAGCUAAACUACAUCUUGAAGAUUACUCAGGAUCAGCUGACGAUAGUGAAGAAAUUAUCAAAAAGAGAAGAAUUGACAGAAAAGGUGGUGAAGAUAAGAUUGAGCAACUUUUAAGAACGUUAAAAGCUAAUUGUAAUACUCAUGAUGACUUAAAAUCAUCUGCUGAUGACUUCAAAAAAGCUCUGACAGAAUCAGAUAAUGCAUAUUUAAAGGCUGUCUUCAAGUAUUAG